UCUCACUCUCGCUGUAAUGGAGUUGUUCAUCUUCAUUUCUUUUCAGCUUCUAAUGGAGGUUCAGUCUUACAAAGCUCCUGCUGUAAAUGUAUCUCCAGAUGUGCUAAAAGAGUCCAGAUCAGUGAAGAUGAUCUGUGAGAUGCCAGCAGAUGUUACAGUAAAUCGGUGUUAUUUCUACAUAAAUAGAGAAGAGAAGAAUAUAAAAGCCAGUAAUUGGAAUUGUGAUCUCGAGCUCACUGGUGUUGAAGUGCUCAGAUGGGCAGAUGUAAAAUCACCUGCAUCAGUCGACAUUUACUGCUUCUACACAAUAACUGAGAAUGGAAUUGAGAAACGAUCACCUCAUUCUCCUGCUGCUACAGUGACGGUUCGAGUUUCAACAACAGCCUCCACUGCACAUCCGACUACAACAGCCAUGACAACCUCAUUAACUGUAAGGUCCACUUCUGAAACCACAACAUACAGUAAAACUGCUGUUCCUCAUACUGAUCACAUUCACUCUGAAGGCUCAUGGCUUUUAGUAGUGCUGGUUUUCACUGGUAUUGGUUUAUUUCUGUCUGGACUCAUGGGAUUCAUCUGUCUCUGCCCCUUUGACAGUUCUGAUGACGUUCUCACAGAGGUGAUCUACAGCUCCUGCCAUGUGGAAACAGCAUCUCUUUUAUGCUCCUCAAAACAUGGAUGAACAGUUUCAUUUCUUCACUUCUUGCAAAUUUACAGACAACAAUUAUGUACAGAAAGAAUGAUAGUUCAGAAUAUAGCCACUGAAUUCAUACUGAUCAGCAGGCCAAGGCAUCUUGGAGGUUUUUUCCCACAUUUAGAUUUUGGGAGAAGAUCAUCUUAUAAUUAAUUGUGAUGCUUCACAUUUGAUGUUUUUUUAUUUUAACAAUUAUGUUUCUUCUUAG